GCUAUAUUAAGUCUCUUCAUUAGCCUAUUAACAACAAUUUUUAAGUGAAGCUCAUUUGUUUUUUGUUUCACGUUUUUCAAAUUCAACUGUCAAAAAUCAGCAUUAAUCUAAUAUGUUUAGAAAACGUUGAGAUUAGUUACUGUGUUCGAUGCCGUACAGUUAUUAUUGACGAAAAAAUAGCGAUAGAGUGGAAUAAUAUUUCCCAUGACCGCGUCACCAUUUUCCACCCCUUAUAACCAUUGGAAACUUACCUCCUCCCACCUGUGUGAACGAUAGUUCGUGUCAUGUCUACACAAAAUAGUGUUUUAUUAGCGCGUGUAUAAGCACGCAAAUUCUGAUCACGCCGUCUCAUAUUAGCAGCGUAGUAGUGUAGUAGUAUUAGGCAGUAGUACGACAGAAAUAGUAGUUGGCUCAGUAAAGCACGAGGAUUUACGGCUGUUUGACAUAUACUGACUGUGAUCUUCGUAAGGAACUACAGAUUUAUACUGGAAAGGUAUGAAUCCAAGGAUCAGAAUAAAUAAAUAAUAAUAACUAACGUUUUAAAUACUGUCUUAUAAAUAAAAUUUAUAUACUUACACGCAUUAAUAAUAACUAAUAUAUAAAUUAUUUAAAUAAUUAAAUAUAAUUAAACGUCAAAUCAUACUCUUACUAUUAUGGAUAAUAACCGUCGAAAUAGUAUUGUAGAGCCGGGUGGUAGUUUUACAACAAGAAUGCAAUUAAAUAUGACAACCACAUUACCCCCUAACCAAUCACAGCAACGUCCGCCAGAUUUUAAUCCAAGAACUCGUCCAGAGUAUUAUCCACCGCAGAAACAAGGUCCUUAUCCUGCACAACCAUUUCCACCACCUUUGGCUCAAAAUCGGUUCACUCCACCUAACUCUCAACGACCUCCUUCUGGACCACAAAGACCCCCUGGUGAUAUUAGACCAAUAAAUCGGUGGAACGCUGUAAGACAAGUAUUACCAUCGGACGGUUCUCGUGGUGGUCCACUUCUACCUCAGCAACGACCACCAUUUUAUAAUAUGCAGCCACAACAACAACUACAGCAACAGCAGCAACAACAACAAAUACAACAGCAGCAGCAACAACAACAUAUACAACAACAACAACAAAAAUCUCUACCGCCACAUACUCAGGAACAAUAUAAACAACCUCCACCGCCACCACCAAUAGACCGUCGUCCAACAUUGUCUCGAAUAGAUGAUAAACCUCCACACAGACUACCUGAAAAUGAUAAACAGAAAGUUGUUGACGACGAUAAUGAUCAUGUGAUAACUACCAGUAAUCCACCGGGGCCCGUGCCUAUAUUAAAUCGCCGUGAUUCUUCGGCAAAAUUGUUGGUUCAAGCAGAAGUUGACCAAUCUACGAGACAGUGGCAAAAACCAGUCCAGGAACCACCUUUUUUUAAGCCACCUCAAGAACAAUCAAAUAGACAAGCUAUAAUUGAUGUCCAAGAGCGCUACAAUGAAAGGCCUGAACCACAAAAUUUUCAGUCUGUUAACUAUAACAGACAAGAUGAUCAUCGUCCAAAUUUACAAAAUGGUCCCCAAAGAGACUAUCGGAGGAGAGAUAGCGUAUUGGAGCAACCCAGAGUUGAUAUAAUGCGUAGAAACGAUUCAGUUGAGAGCGAUAAGUUUACAGAAUCCAAAACAGACAUAGUAAAACGAACUGAUUAUUAUAGAAAACCGUCAGAACCAGAAGAACUUAGACGGUCUGAUUAUAGAAGGCCUGAAGUAGAAGAAAAUAAACGUUCGGGUUAUCGGAGACCGUCAGUGCAAGAUUUAGAUAUAAAAAGAUCAGAAUAUAGAAGACCCGAUUUAGAUGACAGUAAACUUUCUGAUUACAGAAGACCGUCAGAACAAGAUUUAGACAAUAAAAGAACAGAUUUUAGGAGACCUGAACCAAUACUUUCGAGAGUUGACAGUAUUGGAUCAUCUCCACAAGACAGAUUGUCCAGAAAUUUAGAUUUAAAGUCGUAUGCACCUGAACGUAAAUUUUCUUUAGAAAGGCCGAUUGAGUCUUAUAAUCCAAAUAGAGAUGUCAUAAGUAAAGAUUUAAGAAAAUCAAAUUUCGAAGCAACAUAUUUAAAAACAGUUAAAGAAAUUGAUAAAUUGGAUGAUAAAUAUGCUUCGAGUAUAAGUAGGCCUUUAUUGACAACUGAAAGAUCAGACGAGCGUAAUAAAUUUGAUGAUAGAAAAUCGACAAUUGAUAGUCGAGGAAUCGGUGAACAAAGAUUGGAUGAACGAAAACAAUAUAAUAGAGUAAUUGAGAGUGGAAGAAUAAAUGAUCAAAACUAUAUGAAAUAUAAGGAACCGACUAGUGAUAGUCAGUCCAAAAAUCAAGUGAAAGAUAAAGAUAAACUAGAAGAUCAUAUGAGUAAAAAUCUACGACCAGAUACUUUAAAAAUAAUUAAAGAUCAUGAACCCCUUAAAGAUUCAUCAAACUCCAAAAGAACUGAUGGGGAUGCCUGUAAAUCACCCAGUAAAAUUCCGAAAAAAGAAAAGUCUGAACUGAAGACACCCACCAGAGCAAUUACUCCAAAAACUCCAGACAGUGUUACGUCAAUUGGUCAAAAAAAGUUGUCUAUGAAUAAAAUUCAAGUUGGAUCUGCCCCGUCUCCUAAUCUUAAGGUGGUACAGUCAAAAAUUGGUUCGCUUCAAAACACUAGCUACAAACCUGGUGGAGGACAAGUAAAAAUCGAAAGCAGAAAACUUGAAUGGAAAGCUGGAACAAGAAUUCAAGCAAAAAAUGACGCUUACGUUCCUGGUGGAGGAGAUAAGAAAAUUCAAAGUGUUAAGUUACAAUGGAAUGCUAAACCAAAAGUUGGAUCACUUGAAAACAAGACUCAUAAACCUGGCGGAGGAGACAAAAAAAUUGAAACAGUGAAGUUAGAUUUUAAAGAUAAAGCAAAACCAAAAAUUGGGUCCAAAGACAACAUCAAACACACGCCUGGAGGAGGCUCUGUAAAGAAACAUUCAACAAAUUUAACUGAAAAGGAAUCUAGUGACAUUGAAGAUCAAAAAAUUGAAAUAAAAGCUCAAAGUAAAGUUGGUUCAUUAGAAAAUGUCAAGCACAAACCGGGUGGAGGCGAAAUCAAAAUAUUUGACGACAAAAGUUACAUAAAACAAGCGGCUACCGGAACACCAACAAAAUCUCAGUUACGGAGAAGUUCUAGCAUGAGAGUUUACAGGUCAGAAGACCGACCGAAAAGUCAUGUGAGGAUUGUUGUAACACCAACAAAUGAAGAAAAUAAGAAUUUCAAAACUGUAAAUGCUCCAAAAGAAAUUUUAAAACGAUCAGCUAGUCAAGGAUUUCAAUCUUCAAAUAAUAAUAUAGUUAUACCUGAGGAAGUAGUUUCAGCAAAUAAUGCACGAUAACCUUAUGAUUUAAUGGUUGUACAAACAAUUUUUUUUAGACAAAAAGCAUCAGACUUAUAAAUGAAUAAAAUUUAAAUGAGAAAUAAAACUAAUUAAUUAUUUAAUGAAAUAUUUUUACAUGAAGAUGAAAAAUACAACUGUUAAUAAUUUUAAAAAAUAACUAAAAUAAUAAUCAUUAAAUGGUACUAUUCAUUUGAGGAAAAAUUAAACAAAUAUUUUUUCAAUAAGAAAACAUCAGAAAAUGAAAUCUGUAUUUAAAUAGAUGGUUGAUUUGUUGAAAAAAAUUCACCACCCCUAUAGAAAUGAAAAAACCAUAAUUGAUCGUGGAAUGUAUUUUAAUACUCUUAACAAAAAUAAUACAAAAAAAAAAAAAAAGAGAGAAAAAAUCAAUACAAAUUGUAAUAGAACAAAUUUAAGUAAAAAUAAUAAUUUAAAGAAAAUAAUUGAUGAACACGUUAAUAUAUAUGUUUAAGCUUUGAAUAAAUGUGGAUUAAUUUUUUAUAUACAUUUUUUAGUCAAAACUUAAGUCAACACAAUACCUUUAAACAUUUGGUCAAUAGUAACUAUUAAUUAUUUACAAUUUUAAAAAUUCAAUAUUUUAACUAGUCUUGACAUAACUUGAUUUUUAUGAACGUUCCAAUAUAAACCAAAUAUUCAUAACUCACUGUUAAAAAAAUAUUAAAAUUAUGAUGAAUUUCUUAGGGUGUUUCUGGAAGAGAUGUUUGUCUUAGGUUGUCAAAAUAUUCCAUUUCCAUAAUUUUUUCAGCUGACAUUCUAUUUGCUGGAUUGUAAGUGCAUAAUGCCUAAAAAAGCAAAUAAAAAUUUAUUGUUUUUAUUAAAUGUUUUAAAAUAUAAUGUAAUUUUUAACUAUA